AUGAACUCUUACUCCAACAUCCCACUAAAAAUCCGGACGAUCUCUUCUAUCCAACUCAAGACUCCACAGGCAGCCCUGCCCAAAACAGGCACUCAGCCUGUGCUGAAGGCCUCUGAUGGGCACCGCCCACAGAGGCUUGGUGAAGGAGAAGAGCUGAAGGAGGCAGAUUUUGACAGCUCGGGAAUGAUAAAAGUAAUGAAGAAAGGAAAUAGGAAUUCGCUUCAAAAAACUACUGAAGACAUUGGAAAUAAAAGGAAGUUAAAAAGAAAAUCAAUGUUCAGGGUUAGCAUGGAUGAUAAAGACAGGCAAAGUGGAAGAUUGAAAUCUAUCAUGAACAAAACCCAUGUAAACUUAUCAAAAAUCCUUAACUCCCAAAGUGUCAAUAAUUAUAAGCAAGGAAGAGUUCAGAAAAUUCCGAAGGAAAUCAUAAGAAAUUUAGUGAGUAAAAGGAAAAAGUUGGGGAAAAGCAGGGCUGAAAUGGGAAACCUCCAAAUGAAAUCUACAAGACGCUCUGUUGAUACUGAUCUAAGAGGUUUAGACAGUCUAGAUUUUAAUAUAAUGAAGAAAAUACCGUUAUAGAGAUUCCGAGUAUAGUUGUUAACAACUAUAACAGCAACUUUCCUACAGAGAACCUCGGAUUCGAGGAUAAAGUACAAAAGAACGAAACAGAAGAGCUAAAUAAGGAAAUAGAGAAGUAUAAGAAAAGAGAAAAACGAUAUAUAAAUUACACAAAAGUACUUGAGAAAGAGAUCAGCAGACUUACACAAAACUUAUCCAAUAAUGAUAAAGAGUCUCUUCACCAUACUAUUUUCCAAUCAAUAUAUACAGACGAUGAAGGUAUCCCGCAAUUAGAUAAAACACACGCAAUGCCAUCGAUUCAAAACAUGUUUCAGAAAGAUAUGGUCAAUUCAGUGAUUGAUUUGAAGCAGAAGAUCGAUAUCCUAACGUCUCAGAACAACAAGCUUGAAAUAUUACUUUCCAAGAAGAGACAAGAGUGAACCCAGAAGGAUAAUGUGCUCAGGUCAUAUAGAAGGAUGAUCACCUCUCUUAACUCUCAACUGCAGGGAUCUGGACAGUUUAAAAGGAAUUCAAGUCAAGACUGUAUCCAAGAUAAAGUGAAGCUUGAAAUAAAUUCGGGAACUGAUCAUCCAAAGGAAGCAGGAUUUUAUUUUGGUGAACCUGUUUCAAACACAACUCCUAAAGCGGUCCAAGAGCUUAGCAUAAAAAAUUUAUAUGGUAUAGCUACACAAAGAAAUUUUGUAGAGAUUAAAAGACUGAAGGCACUUGAACCAUUCAUAAAAGACCUUGCUGACUGAAAGACUUUAUAUAAGAUGUUUAAAUCUUCUACAAGUCAAGUAAAGAAGUUGAUCAACUGUAAAUCUUGAACAGUGUUCAUAUUUGAUAAGAAGACUGUCAGGUUUGACCAACCUCCAGAUUCCAGACUUAUAAAGCAUAAAGACUAUAAGAUUUCAAAAGAAAAUUUGAACUUUGUAAGACUCAAGAUAGAAAAUGACUGGAUUGACUGCAUCAGUGAAAAUGAGUCAGAAGUCAGUGAUCCUGUGUUCCAGAAGAUAGAGGAUAUAAGGUACGGAGUUCAGACUAAAGAGAGUCUUGUUUUGCCUCUUUUUGGGUCAAACAAAACCAUUAUUGCAGGUAUUCAACUUCUCUAUAAAGCCAAAAGAGGAUUUAGUGGCAAAGAAACUAGAACAUUCAACAUUGAUCAGAUUAUAUUCAGGAUGUUCACUUCUCUUGUUCAGAUAAAAAUGAAUGAGUUAUUUGCAGAGAGAAGAUACAGAUUUCAAACUAAGCAUUUAUAUGACACAAUGAGCUUGUCAUCGAAGAUCACAACACAGAAAUCCUAUAAGUCAUUAAUCAGGGAAGUGAAGAAUCUGCUGCCGCCUUACUUUGACUUUGAAUCAGUAGGGGUUCUUCUUUUGGACACUAAGACAAAGAACUUAUUCACAAUUUCUGAAAUCCAAAAGGAGGGUGAAGAAAGCGAUUGAGAUGAGUAUGCAGACUCUGGUGAUAUCAUCUCAUUCCCCUCUAAUAUUGGGAUAACAGGACUGAUAUUUAACAGUGAAGAAGUGUAUAUCUCUAACGAUGCCCAGAAAGAUAUGAAAUUCACUAGUGAUAUUGAUAAUCUCACAAGCAUUACUGAGGUUUUCAACUUCAUGAUCGGGCCUGUUUAUGCCUCCCAAAGAAAUAAGCCUGUUGGUGUGAUUCAACUCAUGAAUAAGAAAGAAAAGAAGCCUAUCAAUGAGGAAGAUAUCGACAAAUUUAAGAUUAUACAGGAAUUAUUAGGAAGAAGUAUUUCUAACACAGCACAAUUGCAUGAACUAAUCAAUGUCACUAUAGGGUUGAAGUCUAAUCUUGGUCAUCUCACAAGAAUAGCUAGUCAUCCAGAACUUUAGAAUUCCCAUUUAUGAUUAAGAAAAAGUGCUA